AUGAACAUUGUACUAAUAUUAAUAAUUACCACACUAAUUUCCCUUAUCUUAAUACUAGUAAGCUUUUGAUUACCACAAAUAAUACCAGACAUAGAAAAACUUUCCCCCUAUGAAUGCGGGUUUGACCCACUGGGAUCAGCACGACUUCCAUUCUCCAUCCGUUUUUUUCUAGUAGCUAUUUUGUUCCUCCUUUUUGACCUAGAAAUUGCUCUCCUACUUCCAACACCAUGGGCAGUCAACCUCUCACAACCCACAAUAACAAUAGUAUGAACCUCAACAAUCAUUUUUCUUCUAACCGCUGGCCUAAUUUACGAAUGAUCUCAAGGCGGUUUAGAUUGAGCUGAGUA